UAUCACUUCACGCACACACACAUACACACACACGCAGACAGACGACCAGCGCGCCGGUCUGCUGUUUACCAACCGACCAGCUCGGUGUCAGGACUGUCCCAUCCGCUCGUGCCGACAACCAUGGCGGAGAGGAGCGGCCGGCUGAGUUUCCCCGGGAGCGGGGCUCUCAACCGACCGGUGCCCAUGAACCUGUUCGCAACGUGGGAGAUAGACGGAUCUUCCCCGAACUGUAUCCCGAGACUGUGCAGCCUGACUCUUAAAAAGCUGGUGGUGCUGAAGGAGCUUGAUAAAGAGCUGAUUUCUGUGGUCAUCGCAGUCAAGAUUCAGGGUUCCAAACGCAUUUUGAGGUCCCAUGAGAUUGUGCUGCCACCUAGUGGGUCAGUGGAGACUGACCUGGCUCUCACCUUCUCACUGCAGUACCCACACUUCUUGAAAAGAGAAGGCAACAAGCUGCAGAUAAUGCUCCAGAGACGGAAAAGGUACAAGAACCGAACGAUUUUGGGCUACAAGACUUUGGCCAUGGGAUCCAUCGAUAUGGCAGAGGUGAUGCAGCACCCGACAGAGGGAGGUCAGGUUCUGCCUCUCUGCAGCAACCAGAAAGACAUGCUGGGCAAAGUGGCCGAGAUCUGGAUCUUCUCCCUGUCCAGUCAGCCGAUAGACCAUGAGGACGCCGCCCUGCAGGGCGGACAGAAGAUCAAAUGCAGCGAUAACUACUCGGAAGAAGAGUAUGAGAGCUUCUCGUCGGAGCAGGAGGCCAGCGAUGAUGCAGUGCAGGGACAGGAUCUUGAGGAUGAUGAGUUUGAUGUGAGGAAACCAAAGAAGCAGAGGAGGUCCAUUGUGAGGACCCCCUCUAUCACCAGGCAGCAGAACUUUAAGCAGCGAGUGGUGGCGCUGCUGAAGCGCUUCAGAGUUUCUGAUGAGGUGCUGGACUCGGAGCAGGACCCGGCGGAGCCGCCACCUGAGGUGGAGGAGGAGGAUCUGGACCUGGACAGUGUGGAGUUUGAGAACCCCAGCGACAGCUGCCCGGAGCUGGACGAUGACGACAGCGUCCUCAGCACGCCAAAACCCAAACUAAAGCCAUACUUCGAGGGACUGUCCCUCUCCAGCUCCCAGACCGAGAUCGGCAGCAUCCACAGCAGCCGGAGCCACAGAGAGCCGCCGAGCCCGCUUGAUCUGGACAAAACCAAAUGCGGCGACUCUACGUUCGCCGAUGAUGGCGGCCGUGACAACGCCACCUUUGAGCAACCCGAGGCGGUGACUCCCACCACAGAGCUGGAAAUGGACAACAUGGACACGUUUCUAGAGAGAUUGCCACCAAGUGGCAAAAUGACCAAGACAGAAUCUCUCAUCAUUUCGUCCAACAGGCAGGAAGCGAAGCUGGCAGGGCGGCGAGGUCGGAGCACGUCCCUCAAGGAGCGCCAGCCCAGCAGGCCCCAGAACGAGAGGGCCAACAGCCUGGACAACGAGCGGUCCCUGGACACACGCUGCCACCUACAGAUUCCAAGAAAAACCGUUUAUGACCAACUGAACCACAUCCUGGUGUCCGAUAACCACCUUCCUGACAGCAUCAUCCUCAUCAACACGUCAGACUGGCAAGGUCAGUAUCUGUCGGAUUUGCUGCAGAACCACCAUCUGCCCGUGGUCUGCACAUGCACCAUGGCCGACAUCCAAGCUGCUUUCAACACCAUUGUCUCUCGCAUCCAAAGAUUCUGCAACUGUAACUCCCAGACGCCUAUUCCCAUAAAGAUUGCAGUGGCCGGAGCGCAGCACUACCUUAGCGCGGUUCUGAGGCUCUUUGUGGACCACCUCUCCCACAAGACCCCGGACUGGCUCGGCUACAUGAGGUUCCUCAUCAUCCCCUUAGGUGCGCAUCCCGUCUCCAAGUACCUCGGCACGAUCGAUCAUCGCUACAACAGUUUGUUCCAAGACGCCGCCUGGAGGGAUCUCUUCCACAAGACGGAGGCUCCCGUGAUCGUUCAGGAGAGCCCUGACGUGGUGUCAAGGGUCACGCAGUACAUGGAGGGAGCGAACGGAGCCCACCAGCUCCCCAUCGCCGAGGCCAUGCUCACUUACAAGCAGAAAAGGAAAAAGAGCUUUCAUUUUGAUUUUGCCGUAAGCCCUACUGAGGAUUCCUGUCAGAAGUUCAUCCCAUUUAUUGGGAUGGUGAAAGUUGGCAUUGUGGAGCAAACAUCUGCAGCAUCAGGAGACUCUGAUGACGCAGCACCUCUGAGCUCGUCUCUGCUCUCCUCCACGCCUCCUCAAGUGUCCCCCGCUUUUAAAGAGGCUUCGCCGACACCGCCGCCUUCUCCCUCCAUCAACACCAGCUUCUGUGCUCUCAGCACUUCCAGCAGCCAGGCGGAGCUGAUGGGCCUUCAGGUGGAUUACUGGGUGGCUCCGACGGAGAGGAAGAAAGACAUGGAGAAGCGGGACUCCUCCUCCAAAAACACUUUGAAGUGCAAUUUCCGCUCGCUGCAGGUCAGCCGGCUUCCACCAGGGGGCGCAGAGCCAAGCCCCCAGCCCACCAUGUCUAUGACUGUUGUGACCAAGGAGAAAAAUAAGAAGGUCAUGUUUCUGCAGAAGAAGAGCAAAGACAAGGAGGUCGAGUCGAAGAGUCAAGUGAUCGAAGGCAUCAGUCGCCUCAUCUGCGCUGCCAAGCACCAGCAAACCAUGCUGAGAGUGCUGAUUGAUGGAGUCGAGUGGAACGAUGUCAAGUUUUUCCAGCUAGCAGCUCAGUGGUCCUCACAUGUCAAACACUUCCCCGUCGGGAUUUUUGGGCACACUAAGGGCCCGUACUAGCAGCACCUUGAAAAGAGACUGAAACAAGGAGGACAGCCCCGUUGACCCCUGUGCCAAGAUUUUAACCCCCUGCCACCUUCAUUUUACUCUGCUGUCUUAAGUUAAACUGCCGCUCUCCACUGUUGCAUUUGUCCGAUUAUUUAAUAUUCCGUUUUGUUUUUUUAUUUAUGUAAAGCUGCCAGGUGAAAAUGACUUUACCCUGCUUAAAAAGCUGCUGAUGUUUUGUAGACCUUUCAGAAAGUAAUCUUCAUAAAAGGCUUUUAACCUUUAACAUGUUGAGUGAGUCAUCAGGUAGGACCUGUUUUAUUUUUCUUUUUUGCUGUUGUUUUAUUUAAUGUUUGUAUUUUUUUAAGGUUUGUAUUAAACCAGCAAAAUUAUUAUAGUACAUAAAACACAUACACACACAAAAACACAAGAGAAGCUGCCAUGGAAUGAGAUGCUCUUACUUUCAAUUCAGGUUUUUUGCCCAGGUUUUCUUUGCCGAGAAGUAAAAAAAGAAAAAAGAUAACUAGCUUGAGUAGCCUGAUGUUGGUGUAAAGUCAGGUAAUUGAGCUGUCAUUAAGAGAUUUUCUUUCACUCCUUACAAACUUCUGUAUUUUGUAUUUCUACCUCUAAAAAUGAACUCAAAGUAUGUCAAGUGUUAGGAACAAAAAUAAAUUAAAACAAACAUUGGAAUUCGUUAACAUUCAAAAGGUAAUGAACAAAUAAGAGGCUUCAAGUGCCUGCUAGAAGCCUCCCAGCCACCAGGGGGCAGCAAAUACUCAAAGAAUGAGCCUGAAACAAUUCCUAAGGUCCCAUACAACUUUUUGCCAGCUCUGGAAUGAUGUUAUUGGCAGCAAAUUAGCUUAGCAUAGCAUAAAGAAAUCCCAAACUGGCAAAUUUUAAAAAUUCGCUUUAUAAAGUUCUGAAGUUUAACUUUAUGUGUUGUAUCUUAACAGCUGUAUUACUAAGCUAAUAGCCAAUGGCUACAAAAACUCGGCUACGGAAAGAAACAUCCUUCCACCAUAUUAGACUCACAUGACCCAGAAAUAUGAAGUUUUGAUGUAAUUGGUAAAAUUGGAAGAAUCCUACUUUUUGGUGGCAUAAAUUCUCAUCUAACUGAACCUGGGUGUACGUUCAAAAAGGUCUGACUAUUCCUUUGAGUUUUCCUUGUAAAUGGGAAUUAGUUGUAGAAUGGCCAAUCUUUACCUCUAAGCUGUUUAAUCCUCCUUCAAGGGAAAGUUAAGAUUUUUUGUAAUAAAGUUCUGGAAAGUUAUCAGUCAUAUACCAGUUAGUUUGUAGAAAAGAAAAUACAUUUGCAGGACAUAAAUGCUAGCGAACUAGCUAGGUAACCAGAUGAGCCCCCUGUUUUAGCUGAUUUUGUCCAUUUAAACAACUCAAACUACGUUAUAAAGUACUGCGCUUUAUUAGGGAAUUUUAAAAUUACAUUAGCGAAAACUACCAGCUUUAUGAAUCUGUUAGUGUAUUUAAUAUUAGUCUAACAAGUUCAGUUUUGUUUGUUUUUAAAUGGGACUAUGCAGAUCAAUGAACAUCUACAUGUACAUACAUGAGAUUAUAACCAAGUGCAUAAAUUCCCUCUUUGGUCAAAAACAUUCACUCUUGCUUGAUGCUCUUGGUUGUAGGUUCUCCAUUUUAAAAUGUAAUAUUCAUUAUUGUCAGUCACUUGCAUUUUAGUUUUAAUCUCAGCACAGGACAUGUUUUAAUACAUGUAUGGCCCUGCGUGCUUUUUUUUAAAACUGUAAUCUGGCUUUUAAUCCAAUCUUUAGCAUAUUCCUUUUUCCUCAUUGAGUGACGUUUGGGCUCACUUUCACAUUUUUCCACAAGUAGCCUCGCUGAUUUCUUCAAAUAUUUCAGUAAUGACCCAGCAGCGUGUUUGAAGAACACCUUUAAAAGCACAUCCACAAGUAACCUAUCCGAAGCUUAAAAAGCGGCGACUUCAUCACUUAAGCUCUUUCAAGUUAUUUAAAGGUGUAGGUAGUAAACUUAAUGCAAGUAAGUUUCUAGUUUUACCAGUGGAGUUGUAUGCUUUACAUUUUCAGUUUGAGUUGUUUGAAAUAACUAAAAUCAGCCAAAACAGGGCAUGCAUUCACAAAACUUCACUUUAAAAAAAAAUCUGAACUAUCCCUUUAAGACCAGCACUCCUUCGCACUGCGUAGCUUUUUGCUGAAAGCAAAGACUUUGUUUUUAGGGGUUUUCUGCGGCCAACGCGAGUCUGUUCGUCACAGCUCUCAGCCUGUGUGCUCUGCUACUUUCUAACGUUAGAGGUGAAUGUAUCAAAAGGUUACCUUACUGUAAAGCACUUUUAAACGUUUGUGUAAUUUAGAUUAGCGUAAAAUCACUCCCCCUCCCCCCACCUCCUCCCAGGGAACCUGCAGGUAAACAACCGGCUGGCUGCUGCGAGCCACCAGAGCUGAACAGCAGCACAAACGAGUGGCGUCGUCGUUUAUAUGCAAAGCUAGCCAAGCCGCUGUAUCCCAUCUCUGCUGUUAAUAUGCUCGGUGCGGGGCCUAAAUGGAGUAUUGUAGAGUUUAGUUCAAAUAUUCUAAGUUUAGAGCAGAUUGUGUACGUAGUGAAUGUCUGAAGCUUCUCUUCGAGUUUAGCUGCACGUCCAACACACUUUUUGCCCACAAAUUGUUACUGACUAGAAGUUUGAUCAUAGCCCUCGUCAUUUGUUUAAUAAGUGCCUAAAUUGCAUAAUUUGACAAAUCAGUAUAAGUAACAAUCCCUGCCUACUAUGGUGCUGAUGAGUCUGGGCCCAAGAGAACUUAAAUAAAGUCCAACACAAACGAAUAGUUACGUCUGUUCACGUGUGCGAUGCUAAAUCGCAUUCUAGCCACUUGGCUCGAAGUAAAAUAAACCCCUAAUGUUGAGAAAACCUUUGUUGUUUUUUUCUUUUUCUUCUUCUUAUCUGUGUAAAUAUAUUUUUAUUUUAAGUGUUGUCUCAGAGAAAGCUUCUCAAGACUGAAAGUUGCUUAAAGACUACCACUGUAAUCCCAAAAAUUGGGAAUAAUAAAACUACUACACAC